AUGACUUCAGCAACUCCCGUCGCGUCAUCUAGUGACAUCGCCAAGCAUGGUUGGACACCUGUACCCGUGGAUGCGGUAGAGAUAUUCGGCGACAAGCCGUAUCGGAAUGAACCGCCAGCAGUGUCCGCAGCUCAGAUACCCUUUCCUUCUGAUGAUCCCAUUGUUGCGAAUGUGCAAGCAUACGCCAAAGACCACCUUCCUGAACCUACUUACAACCAUUCGAUGCGUGUAUACUACUUUGGUUAUUGCAUUCUGAAAUACCAAUUUCCAGAUCAGGCUGAUGUUUUAUCCACGUCAACAUGGGCGCUUACCUGUCUACUGCACGAUAUCGGAACCACACCAGAUAAUCUGCGCUCCACCCUACUCUCAUUUGAGUGGUUUGGCGGCAUUCUGGCGUUGGACCUUCUGCGAUCUCACGACUCGCCCCAGCCACAGCGUGAAGCCGUGGCCGAGGCCAUCAUCCGUCACCAAGACGUUGGAACGGUGGGAAAGAUCACGUUCCUCGGUCAGUUGAUCCAGCUGGCGACCAUUUACGAUAACAUGGGUGAUCGUCCGGACUUGGUCAAUGUGCGGACCAGAGACGAGGUCGUAGCUCUGUUCCCAAGACUCAAAUGGAGUGAUUGUUUUGCCAAGACGAUCCGCGAAGAGAAUGGAUUAAAGCCAUGGGCACACACUACGCAUCUCGGCGAGGAAGACUUUCCUAGUGGCGUCGAGGGCAACAAGCUCAUGGCGCCUUAUGAGGGCAGGGAAUAG